AUGAUUGCCAGGUUUUUUGGGCAGAAGAGCUCUAGAGGCCCGGAUGAGGAAGCAAGAAUCCUGAGAAAACUAAGUCCUAACGAAUGCUUUCAAAGCGCUCAGCAUUUACUAAGAAUUUAUAUCGGAUGCGCUCUAUCUUGCCGCUACGUUAUACCAGAAGCACUUUUGGCCUUGGAUACAGACUCAUUUAAACAUGCAAUUGAGAGUGCAUUUGCACGUGCCAUUCUUCAACAUCCAGCUUUAACCGUCGGUCGGAUCGAUGAUAACACCAAAUCACCGCUCUGGGUUCGCCUAGAUCGUAUCGACUUUAACAACCAUAUAACAUGGUCUGGACCGUCUGAAGACACCGAGAAUUCUCUUAGUGAGGUCCUGGAACGGCAGGUCAAUGACCCAUACCUCAACCUCGAGAGACAGCCCUGCUGGAGGGCGGUGAUACUUCAGUUGUCUGGGACAAAGUUCAUGGAUGUCGUAUUUGCAUGGGAUCAUUCGGCAGGUGAUGGAAAGAGUGGAAAGAUAUUUCACGAUACUUUUCUCGCUUGUCUUAAUACGCCAGAAUCCAACAGUAUCACUCUGGAGAACCGAUCUUUUGACGUUCCUGCUACUCCCCACACACCUCCGAUGGGUCAAUUAAUAGAUCUUCCUAUCUCUCUAGGCUACAUUGUAUCAGAACUAAGCCGCGAGUUUCUUCCGCAAUUAUCAGCUAAACCUCACACGGCGACUUGGGCGCCUAUUUUCGCUGAACCAGCAAAGACUCGACUUUCAUGGAUAAGGGUUACAAAAGAAGCCUUCCCGUCAGUAUUGGACGCUUGUCGAAUGCAUGAGACAACCUUGACUGCACUUUUAAACACACUCCUCAUGGUAUCAAUAGCGACGAGACUCUCUGAGGACACGGCGCGAGCAUUCUCAUGCGGAACACCUAUUUGUUUCAGGCAAUUCCAAGUUGCAAAAUCUGAUAUUGAUUGUAACAAGACGGUUAUGAACUGUUAUGCCUACUGGCCCUUUAUCUUUGAAAAGGGUCUUGUUUCAACCAUCCGCCAGCGGUUCAGCGAUGCCAAAGCGAACCCCGAUUUAGAUUCAAAUCUUGAGGAUGCCCUUUGGGACGUUGCUAGAACCAUAAGAGAAGGAUUGCUGGCGAAGCUGAGUCAGGGUACCAAGAAUGAUACGGUGGGCUUGGCUAAGUUCAUUGGUGAUUGGCCGUCAUACUUCAAAGGCCUUAGCAAGACGCGCGAGCAUGCCUUUGAAUUAAGCAACUUGGGCGUCAUCCAAGGUAGACUUCCGGAGAACGGCGAUGGUGAGGGCAAGUGGAGUAUCGAUGGUGCCAGUUUCGCUCAGAGCUCGCCUUCUUUCGGAGCAGCAUUGACUCUGAAUGUUAUCCAAAGGUGGGGAAUUGGUUAUAAGUAA